AUGACGCACAACGCUGCGGUAUGCGCCGCAACGCAGCGUCACGACGCAGCAUUUAGCGUCGCUGCGGAGAGGUGGUCAGUUGAUUUUGCCGCAGCUACCAAGGUAGACGUGAACAUGAACAAUUUUUCUGUAAUUUGUGCUUUGCUUGAAGAGGAGGAAGAAGAAUUUUUACUGCUUCUGAAUAGACAAAGAAAAUCUCCGAGGAACAUGUUUUUACAACGGAGGAGUGAAGGUUGUUACGAAACCUUAAUAAAAAGGCAUUUAAUUGAUUGUGAAGAAAAUUCAUCGGUUACUUUCGGGUUUCAAGGGAGAUCUAUAACAAGAUUUUAA